GCCUCUGUGCAAUUUUCUCGUUAAAAGAUACGGUUAUUUUAGCAAUUCUUUCCCGUAUGCACCGGUGUUGACCUUAACUUAACCCUGGAGUCCUGUAACUUGCUCUUCACUGUUUCACCGCCGACUUGAAUGGCGCCGAGAUGGAAAGGGAAGGGUUCAGAAGCCAAAGCUCUAGCAGAUCCCAUGUCCAAUAUCGUACUUCAGCUUCAAUCUUCUCUGACACAGUCGAACGCUCAAGGAUUAUUAUCUGGUUCUGCUGUACUUUAUCAAGCCGAUGAAGAACAAACCGAUCUUCUUAAUCGCGCUUGUUUCGGUCGACCAAUUCUUACCGCCGAGAAGGACAAGCAAUGGUUUCAAUUCGGCAUGGAAGAGGCUUUUUACUUGCUCUAUCAUUUGAAUUGCCUCAAAAUUGUCGAUGGACAAGACUGUGAAAAGAAUGUUCAAGAGCUUUGGCAGGAUAUGAAGUCUCAAAAGCCUACAUUCCCCGAGUUUUACAUCGCUUAUCAACAUCUUCGAUUGAAGAAUUGGGUUGUGAGACCUGGAUCUCAAUACGGGGUUGAUUUUGUGGCUUAUCGUCACCAUCCAGCUCUUGUGCACUCUGAAUAUGCUGUUCUUGUGUUGUCCGAAGGAGGAGGCAGUAAUGAGAAUGGGCGAUUGAGGGUUUGGUCUGAUUUUCUAUGCACAAUUCGGCUUUGUGGAAGCGUUGCAAAAACGCUGCUAGUUCUUACUGUCAAUGAUAAUGGAAGCGGUUUUGUUUCUCCUUCGUGUUUGGACAGUUACUCCAUUGAAGAACGCACAGUUACAAGGUGGAGUCCAGAACAAUGCCGUGAAAAUCCUGCAAAAGUGUAAAAUAUACGAAAGACAUGUUCCUCCUGCCCUCCUUGGACCACCUAUACAAGACUUGUAGCCAUAACAGAGUUUCUCCCGGAAAUUGCUUCAUUUGGCGGAUUGGCUAACUCCCAGUUCAAAAUAUCUCAUUAAAUAGACUUAGCAUCUCCCACUCUCUUGACGGAAUCUGCUGUCAAAGAUUAAGGACAUGUUUAGGAGUGGUUUUAAAAUCUUUAAAUUCACUUUGCAAUAUCCAAAAUAACUCUGAAACUUGUCUUUAAUCAAAAUCAAUUUAUACCGGAUUGAUUAUGUCCUAAACUAAACAAACCCAGAUUGAAAAUAUUAGAUAACAGAAAGCACUUAUAUUCUGUACAUGAUCAGGCCGUUACUCAAAGUUCUUGCAAAAGAAUUUGACUUGCAAGUAUUAUCAUUCUCUUUUACUUAGGAGCGUACACUAAUUGAAUGACUGGAAAAGUAUUGCGUAGAAUGGUGGAUGUACUUGAAAGAAUGAUAACUCUGCAAGUUGAUAAUCUUUUGAAAUAGGCCUCUUACUAUUGCUAAUGCUUUAU